AUGGAACACACACUUUUGAUCUCUGGCGAGCGUGCCCACUUCACCAGGCUCGCUCUUGAUCUCAGCAAAAAGGAAUUGAGGGUUCUCGACAAUUAUUCAUCGCCCUUCAAUGCUUCCUGGGUUGAGUUCUCAUCUCGCAAAGGAAGCAUUGACCAUCUGAUAGGACUGUCCGAGGGCACCGAGUCCGGCCUGCUAUACACCUUCGACAUCGACCACGCGCAAAAGAGGACCAAAAUUACAAGCCAGCAGCCAACUCUAGGGGCACCUGCUCACUUCAUCACGCUCCGCGACAAUUCUGCGCUGGCACUGAGCACUUAUCUAGGAAGCUCUGUUGCCCUCUAUCCUAUUUCCAUUACAGACACGGACGGACCUGCACUUGCAGAUGUUCCCCGAACGGAGAUCAUGCCAAAAUUCCCCUACGAAGCGGUCGGGCACGGUCCAAACAAAGGUCGACAGCGACAAUGCCAUGUACAUCAAGUACUCGAGGAUAAGCAAGGUCUUCUGUACGCUCCAGACCUCGGAGCAGACCGCGUCUGGAUACUUCGUCGCGACGGGAUGAAUCUUGAAAUUUGUGGUUGGCUUCAAUGUCCUCCCGGGACAGGUCCUCGGCAUGCCGUAUUGACUCCUGAUGGCAUGUGCUCAGAAACCAUCAUGUACGUCCUCGGAGAGCUCUCGCAUACCGUUGCCGCAUUUGACUUGUCAACUUCCCCUGCAGAAGCAAUCCCCCCUAUCGAUGGCUUUGCACCCAACAUCAUUCCUCCAACUGUUCACCCCGACCAUCAGUUCACGAUGGAUUCCGCCGAGAUUUGCCUUCACCCCAGCAUUCCCAACGUGUUGUAUGCCAGUAACAGGUGGGAAAGGCACAUUGCACAACGCGUGCCUUAUCUCGAAAACGUUCCUGGGGAGCUGCCGCCGGGGGAUGCUGUCGCCAUCAUCUUACUCUCAAAUGACGGCAAAAAGGUGGAAACAAUCAAACACGUGUGGACGAAUGUCGAUGUCAUCCGCGGCAUGCGGUUCAGCGCUGAUGGCAAGUACAUUGUAGUAUUAGGGCAAGAGGGUGGCGGAGUCGAGAUAUACGAGAUCAGCGGGGAGAAAGGCGACUCGUGGACACUUGUGGCUGGGUUGAAUGAGGGCUUGGAAAGCGGCAUUAAGCAUGGUAUCUGGAUAUAG